CUAUUCUCACUAAAUGGACAAAAGGCUUUUCAGCAUCUGGUGUUGCUAGUCAGGAUGUUGGUGUACUUCUAUCAGAAUCUCUAAAACGAAAAGGGGUUUCUAAUAUAGAAUUGGUUGCCGUUGUAAAUGACACGACAGGUGCCCUUGUAUCAUGUGCACAUCAAUAUCCCGAUUGUCAAGUCAGUCUUAUAUUAGGUACUGGUAGUAAUUGUAGCUAUAUGGAGAGUCUAGAUAAUGUGGAGUUAUGGACUGCUGAUCAAGAUGGGGAGCCUAAGCAGGUGAUUAUUGACACUGAAUGGGGUGCUUUUGGUGAUGAUGGCACAAUUGAUGAAUACAGAACAAAUUUGGACAAAGAAUUGGAUAAUCAUACUCCUAAUAAGGGACGACAGAGGUUUGAGAAAAUGAUAUCUGGUCUAUAUCUUGGUGAAGUGGUCAGACUUAUACUUAAACAACUUGCUGAACAUAAACUGAUCUUUGACGGAGUUCUUUCUAAAGAACUACAGACUCGUUCGAGGUUUGAGACGAGGUUCAUCUCACAAAUAGAAGAGGAGGCGGAAGAAAAAUAUGAAAUUUGUAAACAAGUUCUUCAAGAAUUAGGAAUAAUUGAACCAACCAUCGAAGACUGUCGAAUUAUAAAAAUGGUUUGUCAGGUGGUAUCGACUCGAGCAGCGUGGAUGGCAGCGGCUGGAUUGGGUGCGGUGGUAGAUAAAUUAGGAAUGAAAAAUACAACGGUUGGCAUGGACGGAUCACUUUACUUAAAGCAUCCAACAAUUCAUGACAUCAUGAGAGUGGCCAUCAAUGAACUUUCCCCCAGUACAUGUGUGAAAUUUGUACAUGCAGAGGACGGUAGUGGAAGAGGUGCAGCGUUGAAUCCUAUUGAUACAUCAUUGAAUGCAAUUGAUACAUCACAGAAUUCUAGUGAUACAUCAUUGAAUGCAAUUGAUACAUCACAGAAUUCUAGUGAUACAUUAUUUAAUGCAAUUGAUACAUCACAGAAUUCUAGUGAUACAUCAUUGAAUGCCAUUGAUACAUUACACUAUCCUAGGGAUACAUCAUUGAAUGUCAUUUAUACAUCACAGCAUCCUAGUGAUACAUCACAAAAUGCCAUUGAUACAUCACAGAAUUCUAGUGACACAUCACAGAAUGCCAUUGAUGCAUCACAGAAUUCUAGUGACGCAUCAUAG